AAUUGGAAUAUCGACUUCCAAUUUCGCAAAAUCUCCUCUUCAAUUUAGAUCGAAAUCCACAUAUGAUGUAUCACACCAUUUGUUCUUCAGUAAAUCAUUCUACGCGCAUAGUAGAAGGCUAAAGAAGCGAACCCUAACUUCCAAUUUGGCAUAAUUGCCGUCUCCAAUUUAGGUGGAAAACCCUAGAAAUCCAUGAAAACAAAGCGGGAGGAAUCCGAGAAUGCAGCGGACGAAGAAGAGGCUGCGAAGAGGCAGAAGCUAAUCGACCAGUCAUCCACUCAACUCGCGUUUGAAAACUCGCUGCUACCGCUGGCAUCUUACGAUGACGACGACGAGGAAGAGGAGGACGAUAGGAGAGAGAAAGGUGGAGAUGGACUUGCAAACAAUGGCAGAAAGGCGGAGCAAAAUAGGAGUGCUUAUGAUGAGGAAGAUGAAGACGAUGAUGGAGAAAGUGAACUAGGGCAAGGGAACCGCAGUCGAGCUAUUGAAGUAAGAAGGGACUGCCCGUAUCUUGAUACUGUUAAUAGACAGGUUUUAGAUUUUGACUUUGAGAAAUUUUGCUCGGUAUCUCUUUCAAACUUGAAUGUCUAUGCCUGUUUAGUCUGUGGGAAGUAUUUUCAAGGAAGAGGACAGAAAUCUCAUGCAUAUACUCACAGUCUUGAAGCGGACCACCAUGUCUACAUUAAUCUUCGAACAGAGAAAGUUUAUUGUCUUCCAGACGGAUAUGAAAUUAUUGACCCGUCUUUGGAUGACAUUCGGCACGUACUCAAUCCAAGGUUUGCAAGAGGGCAAGUUGGUCAAAUUGACCAGAAUCGGCAGUGGUCAAGGGCACUUGAUGGUUCCGAUUACCUUCCUGGAAUGGUGGGGUUGAAUAACAUCAAAGAAACUGAUUUUGUCAAUGUGACCAUUCAAUCUUUGAUGCGUGUUACUCCCUUGAGGAACUUUUUCCUCAUCCCUGAGAAUUAUGCCCACUGCAAAUCCCAACUUGUUCUUCGAUUUGGAGAGCUAGCGCGAAAGAUAUGGCAUGCCAGGAACUUCAAAGGACAGGUGAGUCCACACGAGUUUUUGCAGGCGGUUAUGAAAGCUAGUAAGAAACGUUUCCGAAUAGGGGCACAAUCGGAUCCAGUUGAGUUUAUGUCAUGGCUUCUUAACACACUGCAUGGGGAUCUUAAAAGUUCAAUAAAGGGUAGAAGCAUCAUUCACCAGUGCUUUCAGGGUGAAUUGGAGGUCGUAAAAGAGAUCCAUGGUGACAGUGGAAAUGGUAUGGAGACAAGUAGAAUGCCUUUUUUAAUGCUUGGAUUAGACUUGCCACCUCCUCCACUGUUCAAGGACAUCAUGGAGAAAAACAUUAUUCCACAGGUUCCACUUUUCAACAUAUUGAAGAAAUUCGAUGGGGAGACUGUGACUGAAGUUGUCCGCCCUCGUAUAGCAAGGAUGAGAUAUCGUGUCACGAGGUUGCCUAAGUAUCUUAUUCUCCACAUGCGUCGCUUUACAAAGAACAACUUUUUUGUGGAGAAAAAUCCUACUCUAGUCAAUUUCCCCGUGAAGAAUCUUGAAUUGAAGGAUUACAUCCCUCUGCCUGCCCCAGUUGAGAAUCGAAGGCUGCGAUCAAAGUAUGAUUUGAUUGCCAAUAUCGUUCACGAUGGUAAGCCAGGGGAAGGAUCAUACAGAGUGUUUGUGCAGCGAAAGUCAGAAGAACUAUGGUACGAGCUCCAAGACCUUCACGUGUCCGAGACUUUGCCUCAGAUGGUUGCACUGUCGGAGACAUACAUGCAGAUAUAUGAGCAGCAGCAGUAAUGGCAAUUUUGUGUUUAUUUGUUUCUUCGGUGCUCAUGAAUUAUGCUAGAAGUAUUUUUGUGUAGGAAUUAAAUAUUUGUUGUGAUAUACAGUGUGAAACCAGUAAAUGUAUGGAACUGGUCACAACCUUGAGAAUUAUAUACAGGAAAAUAUCUCGACUGAAAAAUUCUAGAAA